GUGUGUGUGAUUAGAAUGAAUAAAUAAACCAAUUUUUUUUUAAAAAAAAAAAAAAAAAAGUAAAUUAGGAGUAAAUGGCUCGUUGAAAAUGGCUCUUCUCCUAAGCCCUACGACUAAAUUCGGAGUUGAAAGGUUUUGUGGUCAUUUGAAACGGAGGAACCAACCACAAAUCCCUUAACAUAGAUGUGGAUUAACAACUCUUUGCAUGCCCCAUAAAGUGUCGAACCAAAUUCCAAUUUCCAAAUUCAAAUCCAUCUUUCUCAAUCGGAGCUCACAUUCACUCAUCUAAGCUCACUUUCUCUCUGCUCCAAUGGCGAAUAACGACAUCGAAGUCGGAUCUCGGGGGUCCCUUCCGAGGAAGGACUAUUUCGAGCCGCUUCCGGCGCCAAUGAUCGAUAUGGAGGAGUUGGCCAAAUGGUCCUUUUACAGAGCCAUAAUCGCCGAGUUUGUCGCCACUCUUUUGUUUCUCUACGUCGUCGUUUUGACGGUCAUCGGUAAUAAAACCCAGACCGAUCCAAUCAUCGGCGGUAACCUCUGCGGCGGAGUUGGCACCCUCGGAAUCGCCUGGGUCUUCGGCGGUAUGAUCUUCGUUCUCGUUUACUGCACCGCCGGCAUCUCUGGAGGACACAUAAACCCGGCGGUGACAUUCGGAAUGUUUCUGGGGAGAAAGAUAUCGUUGAUUCGCGCCUUGCUCUACAUUAUAGCUCAGUGCUUGGGGGCGUUAUGCGGCUGCGCCUUAGUCAAGUCACUACAGAGAGAUCGCUACAACCACUAUGGCGGUGCCGCCAACCAGCUCGUCGACGGCUACAGCAAGGGCACCGGUCUCGCCGUCGAGAUCGUCGGCACCUUCGUCCUUCUCUACACCGUCUUCUCCGCCACCGAUCCCAAACGCAACGCCCGAGAUUCCUACGUUCCUGUGCUGGCUCCACUCCCCAUUGGGUUCACUGUUUUCAUGGUUCAUCUCGCUACAAUUCCGAUCACUGGCACUGGCAUCAAUCCAGCUCGAAGCUUCGGCGCCGCCGUGAUCAUCAACGAUAAAGAAAUUUGGAAAGAUCAUUGGAUCUUCUGGGUCGGGCCGCUGAUCGGAGCAACCAUUGCUACGAUGUAUUACCAGUAUGUUCUUCGAGCCUCCGCCGUGAAAGCAAUUGGAUCCUUCAGAAGCACCCCACCAACUCGCCACUAAAGUUAUUGACACAACACACCACAACCAAUCUAUUUUUGAUAAGUAGGAGAUAGGAAUAAACCGAACCAA